UUCGCUUCCAAAGGUCUUCCUAUUCGCGAAACUUUUACAAUUUCGACAGCUUUAAGUGUUCCAUUUUUGCGGUUCUCCUAGAUUCAAGUCUCUGGAUAUCUCCUCUGUGCAUUAAGAUUCAGUAAUUACAGAGCAUAACGUUCAAGAUUUUUACAUAGUUCAUCCUUUCUAAAAAUCUUUAGACACUGAACUCCAUAUUGACCUCUUUCUUCUUUUUUUUUCCUCCUAUCUGUCUGACAACUGCAUCAUCUAUGAACAGACCGAAGUAAUUUCGAAUCUCUUAUCUCCAAGUAUCUCAAGAAGGUACUUAUCAACCAUGAUUACCGGCCAACGCAGUGAUUCUCAAGUGUUUUCAAGAACGCCGUCAGCACAAAAUCCAUGUCAUUCCACUAUCAUCAAGGCGGUUUUUGAAAACGUUGGGCAACUAUCCAUUUAGCUCAGCCUUUUCUAGGACUCAAAAAUUGAAGCACAAUAAUAUUUCACCUGCAGCUGUUCAAAAGAGGAAAAAUGUGGACCCUGUGUGUUGUGAGAUUCAUUCGGAGGAAGUGCGUUCUGGGCAUCAUAUUCACCCUCUCGCUCAUUUAUUGCAUCGUGAGCUUUGUCCAAGAGGUACCAACGGAAGAAUAUGCAGAAGUAAAUCCAUUCCCUGUUCGGAAAUUGACCAAAUUUCAAUGGCGAUCAGAAAGCGAUGAUAAUGCCACAGCUGACUCACAAAUGACUUGUCGGAAUUCUGUUCAAGGGAAAGUUCUCAUAGCUGAUGAUCGAGGGUAUGUCUGUAAUCGAGGAGACCUGCUAUUCACUGGCUGCUGCAAUGUGAAUAGUGAAUCAACGAAACGCUAUUGGUGUGAGACUUGUAAGGAUAAUAAUUGUUGUAGUAUCUACGAAUACUGUAUCUCUUGCUGCCUUCAUCCAGAUAAAAAAGAACUAUUACAAAAAGUUAUUGGAAAGGCUGAGCAAACAUUUCAUGUUCUCCUCUCAUCAAUAAGCGACCAUUUUGAGUUGUGUCUCGCAAAAUGCAGAACCAGCUCAUCAAGUGUACAGCACGAGAAUUCGUAUCGAGAUCCAAAAGCAAAACAUUGCUAUGGAGAAAUGCCACCGAUGACGUCAGCACCAUGACCAAGUUUGCUGAAACGCCUCAUUGUUACCACCCAGCAACUGUAGACUUUACAAUGUAUUAUAUGCCAUCUACCAUAAGCUGACUACAACAAUGAUCUCAUUUCAAAUUUUGAGUCUAUCCCUCAUCGUAAAUCAA